CGAUAUCGUACGACCCUAUCGAAUUUCCGUACGUCUCUGGCAUUUUGUGAUCAUGCCAGUACAUAUUUAUAACUCGUGAAGUGUGGACGUAUUACGUGAAAUAAAAACUCGCUAUUUUGAAGAAGAGAUUUUUAAAGAAUAAACAUUAUUUGUUUGGAUUAACACAAGGGACAACUAUAAUAAUGGCUAAGAAACUGCAAAUGUGCGGUACCGAGGAGGAGAUGCGUGAGGUGGCAGCCAGGAUCUGCAGGAACUACCUGCACGGCGCAUGGAAGAGUGUCGACCCUACCCAGCUGGAUUUUAAACGUAUCAGCGGCGGUCUGUCCAACUUCCUCUACUACGUUGCUCUCCCAGAAGACACGACUCAUCUAAACAAGUACAAUCCAAGAGAGAGCUCCCCCGACGAAGACGAAUCAGUCACUAUAACCUCCAGGUUCUUAAAGAAGAAUAUCGGGAGAUCUAAUUCUUUCUCUUUUGAAGAACCGAGAAAGGUGUUGCUGAGGAUAUACGGGCAGGUGCACGGCGAGCGCGCCAUAGACGCGAUAGUGACGGAGUCGGUCGUGUUCACGCUGCUGUCGGAGCGGCGGCUCGGGCCCAAGCUGCACGGCGUGUUCUCCGGCGGCAGGAUCGAGGAGUACAUCCCGGCGAGAUCGCUAUUAACAAAAGAACUGGCGGAGCCGUCCUUAUCUAUGAAGAUAGCUGAAAAGAUGGCAGCCAUUCACUCAAUGGACGUGCCCCUAUCUAAGGAACCGAACUGGCUGUGGAAGACCAUGGGCAAGUGGCUGCGAACCGUGAGGGAGGAGAGACUCGCCGGCAACGUGCAGGGGAAGAAUGAAGACGAACAGAAAAUCAUAAAAAGUUUGAAGGCCAUAGACUUCGAGAAAGAAAUUGAAUGGCUGAAGAAGUUCAUAGCCAUGGUGGACUCUCCAGUAGUCUUCUGUCAUAACGACUUACAAGAAGGCAACAUUCUCCUUCUUGAAGAUGUAGUACAAAACUCUGAGGACGACGUGUCCACACUAUACAUACAACGUUGUAGCACGGAAUCACCGAAAUCGGACAAAGAGAACAAUCAUACGUGCAAAACCGAUGUACAGCCCGAGUUAAGGUCGUCCGACUUACGCUCGACCGAGAAUAUACUCACACAAAUCGAGACGGUCUCGGGCUACGAGGACGCCAACACUUCGGACAGUAUUAUAAGCAACGUUUCGGACUCGGGCGAGCCGAAAUUGGUGUUGAUAGAUUUCGAAUACUGCGCGUACAACUACAGGGGGUUCGACAUAGCGAACCAUUUCCAGGAGUGGGGAUACGACUACACUAAUCCAGAACACCCCUUCUAUUUCGAGAAUCAAGAGAAUUGUCCGACUCUGGAACAGAAAGAGAUAUUCAUCAGGGAAUACCUGAAACACUAUCACGCGAAUAUCUCCGAGGACAAGUCCUCCUCGUACUCAAUAGACGAGGUGAAUCACCUGCUGGGCGAGGUGGACGCGUUCGCGCUCGCCAGUCAUCUGUUCUGGAGUCUAUGGUCUAUUGUCAACGCUUCUAAGAGUCAGAUACCCUUCGGAUACUGGGAAUACGCCCUCUCAAGAAUAGAAACAUACCAGCGACUAAAACAGGAAGUUAUUAAAAAAGACAAAUACGGAUUCCCACAGAAGAGGAAAAUAUGCGAAGUGGACAUUUGAGUGGGAACCGCCCCCCUCACAGCUUAGGUUAGCCAUCUCGCUCCUGGACGCGUGGGAGUGAACGAGACGCAGCUACUGGCAUCUUGACAGUGGGGUCGCGUCGGCUGUUACCUGUUACCGAAUUAAUUUGAAGUUUAUCCAAUCUAGAUAUUAAUGUUUUUCAAAUUUAAUUUGUAAAUAGACAAAAUGGAAUUGAGAUACAAAAAUAAUACAUUAAUUUUAUGCUAUUAAAAAAGUUUGAAUAAUUAAUGCUGUAAACACAUAAUACAUAAGUGAGAAUCAAACUUUAUUAUGAAAAAAAAACAAUCAUCAUUAAUGUAAAGAAAAUUUUAAAAAAAUGUAUUUAUUCCACUUGAAAUCAAUUCGGCAAUAUUAUAUUAAUCUAAUUUAAGCGUGUCUCAAGUCGGGAAUACCAAAUUCCUUUUAAAUUUAAGACCUUGUACAUAACUCUCAGUGAAAUCGAGUACUUUAAUUUUAAAAUACUAGUUAAAUAGUUCAUAAGAUCAAUUUAGGUAUUAUUAAAAAAUAAAACGAAAUACGCACGCGCCAAAUAUUAGGAACGGAAAAUUUUCUUUGUUGUGUAAAUAAUAAUUAGUACAAAUUUGUAUUAAUUAUUUAAUGAUAAUGGCAAAAAAGCACUGAAAUAACUUUAAGAGUACGUUUAGUAAUCAAAUUGUAAUUAAGUAUAUUCACUUUCAUUGUGUAAAACAUUACUUACUAUAUUACCAUUUACCAAAUUUUUUCCAACUUGAGCAUUAUACAACAACUAGAUGUUGAUAUUAAAAAUGAUUUUUCUACAACUUCCUUCUCUUUUCUUGAAUAUAUAUAACAAUAUACAAUUUAUUGAACUCAACUAUUAUCUGUAACAGCUCCAAGUGAUAUCUCAUUUAAAGGGAGUAUGUUCCACGAAUUCCAGAUCAGAAAUCGAUCAUUGUUGUGUCACACACACUACAUGCAUAAGACAUGUAAUUUCAUUGUAUUUUAGUUUUUUAUGAAUUUUUCCAAGGAAACUAUGAUUCUAAAUUUUUUCUGAAUUUUAUUUCGGAGAUAUUUUGAUUGAUUUACAUUAAUGUCCCACUGCUGGGGCACAGAUCUGCCCUGCUGACGGUAAGUAGGGAGACUGGGUCAUUACAUAGAAAUGUUGCUAUUAAGCAAUAUACUAAGUUGUACAACCAGUACAUAAUAUUCUUAUACAAAAUGUUUGUAAGUUUCUCUAGAUCAAAUGUUUGUUUCAAACAAAAGUGGAAAUGUACAAAUUAAUGUUAUUUUUUACCGAUUUUUCC